AUGUCUGCCCAACUCCAAAGGUCAUUCUCCACAUUAUCUCUCGCAGGUUUUCACUCAAUUUCACGCAAUCCUGGUCUCCUCUCCUUCUCGAUCCUCGUUGCGCUUUACAUCAUAACUGAGAUGGUGUUUUCCGUGGCGUUCUUUUGGGGAUUCUCUGGAUGGCGACCCGCUUUCCCCUUAAGCUGGAGGUUCCUACUUCUGCUUCUCUUCGUAGUCCCCAUCUUUGCCUUCAUUCAAGUAUCGCGAUUUCUACUUCCCCUGCUCAUCAACCGAUGGAAUGGGACGGUCGGAGGCAUGAACCUUUCUCAGCAAGGGUAUGUCAUGCUCCAGCGAAAUGGCACCACCGACGCACCAACUGAACUAUUCGACGCUGCCGAGGAAGAAAAUGCGCUGCUGGAAAAUGUCGAAGAAGGUAGUGAGCGCUCUAGACCAGUGUCUCCUACUGCGCAUCUUGUGGUGCCGCAUCCCAAAUGGUGGUGGAUACAACUUCUCGCAUACAUCGUACUUUUUUGCGUGAGCACGUGGGUUGGACUGCAUUAUGAGCAACCUGGUGAUGUGCGCUACAGGGACUCAAUUCAGUCGGCUGUUGAUCAUCCUCGAAGACAAGGCUACGGAAAGCAAGGUGCGUUGGUUAGGUUAGGUUAG